AUGAGCAUUGAAAAAGACUCCACUCAGGUUAACACCCACAAAACCGCUGGCGGAAACGCAGCGUUCCACAACUUCAUCAACGAUUUCUCGCACAUUGAAGACCCUCUCGAACGUCGUCGUCUGGCACUGCAGAAAAUUGAUGACGCCGAGUUCGGCUGGUACCAUGUUAGAGCCAUUGCCGUCGCCGGUGUGGGUUUCUUGACAGACUCGUACGACAUUUUCGCCAUCAACCUGGGCGUGUCCAUGAUGUCGUACGUGUGGUGGCAAGGAAACAUCCCAGCGUCCACAUCCACGCUGCUCAAAGUCUCCACCUCUGUCGGUACCGUGAUCGGCCAGAUCGGAUUCGGUGUCAUGGCCGACGUCGUGGGCCGUAAAAAGAUCUACGGGCUCGAACUGAUCGUCAUGAUCGCCGCCACCAUUCUGCAAUGUACCAUUGGUUCCGCCCCCGGUGUCAGCUUCGUCGCCGUGCUCACUUUCUACCGUAUCAUCAUGGGUAUCGGUAUCGGUGGUGACUACCCGCUGUCGUCGAUCAUUACCUCCGAGUUCGCUACCACCAAAUGGCGUGGUGCCAUCAUGGGCGCUGUUUUCGCCAACCAGGCCUUUGGCCAGAUCGCCGCCGGUAUCGUUGCCCUGAUCCUCGUUGCUGCCUACAAGGACGUGCUUAUCGUCGCCGACAAGGGCUCCGAGUGUGGACCUGCCUGUGCCAAGGCCUGUGACCAGAUGUGGCGUAUUCUUGUCGGUCUCGGCUGUGUCCCCGGUAUCAUUGCCCUGUACUUCCGUCUAACCAUCCCUGAAUCUCCUCGUUACACUUUCGACGUCAACAACGAGCUCCACAAGGGCGUUGCCGACAUUUCCAAGUUUGCCUCUGGUGAGCACGGCAACGCUGAAGCUGAAGAAAUCGCCCGUCUAGAAAGAGCCCCAACCGCUGUUGAACAGUACGAAAUCGCUCCUCCAAAGGCUUCCUUCCGCGACUUUGUCACCCAUUUCGGUAAAUGGAAGUACGGUAAGAUUCUGUUCGGAACUGCCUUCUCCUGGUUUGCCUUGGAUGUUGCCUUCUACGGUUUGAACUUGAACUCCGCUGUCAUUCUGCAAACUAUCGGUUACGCUUCUUCCAAAAACGUUUACCACAAACUUUACAACUCCGCCGUCGGUAACUUGAUCUUGAUUUGCGCUGGUUCGCUUCCAGGAUACUGGGCCUCUGUUGCUACCAUUGACACCAUUGGCAGAAAGCCCAUCCAGCUCUUUGGUUUCUUCAUCUUGACCGUUUUGUUCUGUGUCAUUGGUUUUGCUUACCACAAAUUGAGCGACCACGGAUUGUUGGGUCUCUACAUUGUUUGCCAGUUUUUCCAGAACUUUGGUCCUAACGUCACCACUUUCAUCAUCCCAGGUGAAGUUUUCCCAACCAGAUACAGAUCUUCUGCUCACGGUAUUUCCGCUGCCUCUGGUAAGGUUGGUGCCAUCAUUGCACAAACCGCUUUGGGAACUUUGAUUGACCACAACUGUGCCAAGAACGGUCAAAAGAGCGGCUGUUGGUUGCCUCACGUCAUGGAGAUCUUUGCCCUUUUCAUGUUAUGUGGUCUUUUCAGCAGUCUAUUAAUCCCAGAAACAAAGCGUAAGACUUUGGAACAAAUUUGCGAGGAGUACCAUGAUGAGAUCGACUCUUCCAAGUAUGCCAGUCCGAACAGCAACUCUGCCUCUUCCAGCCACACCGAAACCGUCUAA